GUGCCUGGGGUGCGGUGAUUCACCUGCGGGUAGCGGACUGCGCGCAGUCUCAAGCAGCGUCUCGUCCAAUUGAAAAACAGCACCGAAACCUAACUUCCGGCCACAGCGUUCACGCCACACUCUGGUGUAGGUAACCUCCACGAAACAUGCGCCAAAUCCUCGGGACUUUUGUGUUGUGAAAGUUUUUCGGAUUGCGGUUCCUGGAGAAGUUGGAACGAGUUUGCGGCGCUUUUGGUUGGUCUGAGUGGCCGAUUAGAGGAACGUUUACGCGCAGGACAGACGCAGAUCUUUGCGCGGUUUGGUUUCACAAAGGCGAUCCCGUGGGAACAUUUCAAGCGCUUUGUCAAGAUGCGGAAAGAAAAAGGAGCUUUCCGUCUUUUCGGGUUGUUCACGGCGCUCGCUGUGCUGUGUGAGAGUAGGGUGGUGAAAGUGCCUGCUGGUCCACUGGUGCGGGUCGAGGGCCAGUCUGUGUCCAUUCGCUGUGAUGUCUCGGACUACGAGGGGCCGCCCGAGCAGGAUUUCGAAUGGAACCUGAUGCUGGAUAGCAAAAACAGUCUCCAGCUCAUCUCCACUUUCGAUCCGACGUACACAGACGCAGCAAUGGUUGACCGGGUCAAGAGUGGCGAUAUCAGCAUUACGAAACUGGCAGAUGACUCAGUAGAACUGACUAUAAGAAAAGUCAGGGCCUCGGACAGCACCACCUAUCGGUGCAGUACACCCAGCACUGAUUCGUCCGUCAAAGGAAACUACCAUGCAGAUGUGGAACUUAAAGUUAUUGGUGACUCUCUCAAAGUGGCUACAGCCAUUUCUCAGCCUGAAGUCUCAGAAGGCGAGUCAGUGAAGCUGCAGUGCAACAUCAGUCGGGCCUACACAGCACACACUUCCCUGUCGGUCACUUGGUCUGUUAGAAAAGAUGCUACCUCACUGGAAGAGCUCUUGACGUUUGGACCAGACGAUGGGAUGAAGUUGGGACAGGCCUUUGCUGAGCGUUAUGCAAAUGGUGAACUUAUCUUGGUGCUGUCUGGCGGUGGCAGUUAUGGCUUGAUCCUGAAGGGGAUGAAACCAAUGGAUCAGGGUGCUUAUGUAUGCACAGGCAGAGAGUGGACAAGGCAGCCUGGAGGAGGGAAGGGCUGGCAGACUAUUCUAGAAAGGAGUGAAGAAAUGGGGAAUGUUUCAGUCACACCCUUAGCCCAAUCUCUGGUGGUUUCAAUGGAGAAGAAUAUUACACUCAGUAUGGACGACACUCUGAAUCUGACCUGCUCAGUAGCUGCUAAUGGCCUGCUUUCUCUGGGCAUGGAGGUGAUAUGGCGUGUCAAGGGAUUUAGCGGCGCUGACAACCAGCGGGUGCUGCUCCAUGUUGGACGUGACGGUCAAGUGCUGAUUGGCUCCGAGCUUGUGAGCAUGAGCAGGGUUCAGCCAGGCACUUUCAGGCUUCUCCUCCCCAAAGCGCAGAACUCUGACUCCGGCCUGUACUCAUGCCAGGUGAAGUGCUGGUUGCCACAGGGCAGUGGAGGAUGGUACCGGGCCGCUGAGAAAACCUCUGAUCCUAUCCAAGUUCGGGUAAUACAGCUGGAACCAGAUUUUAAGGUGGGUCUCACAGGCCGUCAGCUCCCCCAGUUCACAGAUGACCCCACCGUGCUGCUCUGUGAGGUGACCGAUCUACUAAACCUGCAGGGUGGUCGUCUGGGUGUGACCUGGUCCUACAGCAAAAUGCAGGAUAACACAUCUCAGACCAUAACCACCAUCGCUUCCAUAGAUCAUCAAGGGAUACUUGUACCAGGAGAUCUGUAUCAACAGCAGCUGGGUAAUGGAAAUAUAGCAGUGACUCGCAGUGAUCUGAGUACAUUCAGGCUGCAACUGCUGCACACUCAGGACAAGGACAUGGGCUUUUACUCCUGCAGUGUUGCAGCCUGGACCCGUGGCCACCAGGAAAAAUGGAACAAGGCCAAAGAGCUUAAGUCCAAGCCUGUCGGAGUACAGUGGUCCUCUAAGACACCAGUGCUCAGUGUGGCAGCUGACCAAGUGAGAGGGGCCUCGACAGGUGGCUCCAUAUUCGAGAUGAGCUGCAAGGUGACUGGUCAGAACAUGCAAAACCCCAGCUAUUCAGUGCUCAUCCGCUUUGAAGAGACGGCAGGUGGAAAGUCGCGUAAAGUUCUGUCUCUGAGUGCAGACUCCACACUGCAGCUGGAGCAAGGAAGCCGUGCUGAUGGUGUGGCUCUAGAUAAGACUGGCCCACUAGAGUACCGCUUCCGUCUAUAUGGGGCUCAAGUCUCUGACCGAGGCUUCUACUACUGUGAUGUGACCGCUUGGACACGUGAUCAAAGCAACACCUGGAACAACAGAGUCAGUGCCGAGUCAAAUAAAAUACAGCUUGCCUUUGCUGACACAGGUCCAGUGUUCAAUGUCUCCAUUUACUCAGAGAGCAGUCAGGUUAAGCCUGGGGACACAUUCAAAAUGGAGUGCAUCAUGUCUGUACAGGGGGCUACAUCCAUAACAGGUGAGGUGGGGUAUGACGUUGACUGGUUCCAGAGUCCAGCACAGGCAAUGGAGAAUGGUGCUGUGCCCCUGAUCAGCAUGGAUCACUGGGGAGUGGUAAAGAAGAGCAGAGGAAAUGAGAGCACACAGUAUUGUGUAGAGCGCACAGACAGGGACAGAUUUGUGCUCAGUGUUUACCACAUUCAGGACAGGGACAUGGGCGAGUACUACUGCACGGCCAAGCUCUGGCAUUUCUCUCCUGACACUCGACUUUGGAGUGAGGGGCAGAAACUCACUUCUGGCCCAGUCUUUCUCUCCAUCAACCAAGCAUUGUGGGACUCCAUGAAGAACCCAGUGAUGUAUGGCCUUGGAGCAGCUCUAAUUGUUGCCUUACUGUCCAUUCUUCUUGGACAUAUCACUUCCCGCUGCUGCUUCUCCAGAAAUCCGAUGCACACACCACGCAACAAGCUCAUUGACCUGGAGAUGGACUGAGCCACAUGACCCAAACCAGUCCUCUUCCUCCUGCUAAUGUGACCUCAUUUUAUUUUAACCCACUUCAAGAUAGCAUGGCUGCUAAUGUCCUUAGAAAUUGUAUUGAGCCAAAAGUAUUCAAAUAUGUGUGUGAGUGCACUGUUCCACGGGAGAUUAGGAGAAUCUUUACUACUCAUGUGCACUCAGGAGGAGGUGGUCACUCCAGUGAGACACACUUGCCGUAACUCAGGAUCAAGUUGCUGAUGGUGGCCCCAUCCACCUUAAUGACUGUUCCCGGAAUCUGUCCUGGGUUUCAAUGUUUUUGGAAGAACUUCAUCAGGAACAACAUUUUGCGCUCCUUACAGGCAUAGAACUGCAUUGUGGUGCAGCUAUCAAAGCUACAUAAUGAGGAGCAGAUUUUUAUUCCUGUAUGAACGACUCUCGUGAAAGAGAUGCAGAGGGUAUAAGACACAUGGAACAAGUAGGGAAGCGUAUUCUAUAGUCGGCUUUCGUCUCCCUUCAUUGCCCCAGUCCCGAUCCAGAUUCAUCCCCUGUCACUUCAUGACAUCAGCCAUGCAUAUCCUGCAUCUAAACAGCCUGCCUGUCAGUCAGAGCAGAUUCCUGCUGUUCAGAAGAGUUUUAUUCAGGACUCCAGCUGACCGUCACUAAUGGCCUGGGCCAUAGUUUCCUGAUCUGCUCCCACAAUCCGUCUCUCUUGUGCAAACACUGCUAUCUCUUAGGGUAUGCUUCGCUACAAGCUAGAGCCCAUUGUCUAGAGGCUACUAGUUACUAGAGUUGGGCACUUUGGGGGAGAUAAUGUGUCCUGCUUGCUCUGCUAGUACAACACACUGGCCUUGCAAAAGCCCUAAUAAGUGAUCUUCCACUUCAUGCUCACAAAUGUUCCCUUUUUUCACAUAUAGCACACAUCCUCAUGUAGUCACAUACUAAUUUUAUAAUGCAUUCAUUUUUCUUCCCAGAAAAUACAACAGCUGCACUGUCCUUGCCCUCAAACUGCAUUCAACUGCUCUCUCGUCCAUUACAAGCUGUGUCCCCUUUGAAAGCUGCAGCAGCUGUUGGCCUGCAGUCCUCCAUUACGUGACUGAGAAACCGUCUAGAAUGUGAGCUUUGCUGUAUUGAUUUAAAGUAAGAUUAUGUACUUGUCGGUAAAGAGUUCUUUAGGAUGAAGUGGACCCAGAACACGCAAACAUUCUGCACUAUAUUGCUGCAUGGCGGGACUUUUUAAAAUCACUUUUAGGAUUUUUGGUUUAUUGCUGUUUUAAGUAGUAUUUCGGGGGUGUUUUUAAAAAAAAAUAAUAAUUGAUGCUGAACCGAGUGCAGCUUUGUGCUUUCCUGUCUUUUGAUUAAGUGGUUUUUGAACAGUGUUUAAUUCAUAAAACAGGAAAUAAUUCCUCCAAAAACUGAUACCAUAAUAAAAGUUUUUAAUAACCACAA